ACUGUCUGGCCUGUUAGCUAGAGUUAUGGUCUUUGUAACCUUCAUUAUCUGAUAUAUCCUUGUUUGUUUACAUGUUUAUUGCAUAUCUUCCCCCAGAACAGUGCUGACACACAGUAAGUGUUCAAUAAAUAUUGGCUGGAUGAAUACUUGAAUCUCCAAGUCCCCACUGAUUCCUUAAACCUCUCUUCCUCUCUGUAGGCCCAUGUUUGGAACAAGAUCUUAAGACUACAGUCCAGCCUCAAGCCUAGACUUAGUUAGAGCUUGAAAGACUGAGAAUCUCUGGACAGUAGCCUCAGGGGCAGAGCAUUUUGACCUCAACAGAUAGACACUCCCCGUCUCCCCCAUGGCCCUGACCAUGCUGAUUGAGCCCCCAAUUAAGGACCCAACCCCACACAUGCUGCUGUACCAGCUUAGUAAGACUUCCCAGGUAGAGAUCCUCAACUACCAGAGCUGCUCUAUGCAGGGCAUCUUUGCCCAGUUCCCCGAGAUCUUAUUUAUCCACCGGACCUAUAAUCCAAUAGGCAAGGUACUGUACACCUUCCUGGUGGAUGGACCACAGGUGCGGCUGGAGGGUCCCCUUGCCCGGGCAGUCUACUUUGCCAUCCCUGCCAAGGAGGAUGCUGAAGGCCUGACCCAGAUGUUUCAGGUGUUCAAGAAGUUUAACCCAGCAUGGGAGAGAGUCUGUACCAUCCUAGUGGAUCCCCACUUCCUCCCGCUGCCUACUCUGGCCAUGGAGUUCCCUGCUGCUGAGGUCCUGCUCUCAGCCUUCCACAUCUGUAAGUUCCUCCAGGGAAAGUUCUAUCAACUGUGCCUUGAGCGGCCAGUGGAGAGGGUGCUCCUGACCUCCCUGCAGAGCACGAUGUGCUCGGCCACCACUGGCAACCUGAGGAAGUUGCAUGCACUCCUGAAUAGCUGCAUCCCCCCGGCCCAGCUGCCCGAGCUCUACUCACACUGGCUGCUGAAUGACCGCAUCUGGCUGGCCCACCGCUGGCGGAGCCGCGCUGAGAGCAGCCUCUACUUCCAGGGCCUGGAGGUCACCACCCGCACCCUCAGCCAGUUCUUCAGCACCACCCCAUGUGUGGAACAAGGCAUGGCCUCUCUGCUCCAAUACAUGCAGCAGAACUCUGGAGACAGGGCAAGCUUCAGCCUGUGUCUGAGCCCCCAGAACAGUCCUGCCCCCUCAGACACCACCCCCAAAAGCCCUCACGUAGUACAGCUGGUAGAAUCCCGCAUCCAGCACUCCCUUAAUGCCAUCUGCACGGAGCCAGCCGCACAGCUCUGCCUGGGCGAGUUUGCUGUCGUCCAGAAGUCUGUGCACCUCAUUGGCUCUGGCUCAGAAAAGGUGAACAUACAGAUCCUGGAGGACACCCACAGGGUGCAGCCCCAGCCCCCUGCCAGCUGCAGCUGCUACUUCAACCAGGCCUUCCACCUGCCCUGCCGCCACAUCCUCGCCAUGCUCAGUGCCCGUCGCCAGGUGCUACAGCCUGACAUGCUGCCGGCUCAGUGGGAGGCAGGCUGCGCCGCUAGUCUAGAAGGCAUCCUGGGCAGCCAGUGGAGCGAGAUGCUGGAAAAGCGCCUGGUAGUGGCUUUUCUCACUGAGGAGGUGAGGCGGCUCUUGCAGCACUGCAGCCAAGAGGAGUUUGAGCGGCGGUACAACACCCUGCGGGAACUCGCCGACAGCUGGAUCGGCCCUUAUGAGCAGGUCCAACUCUGA